GGUUUUGAAAAAUAAAGGGGUUAAGUAAACGGUAUUACAGUUCAGGGUUAUAUGAACUUUCCUAAUAGUACAGGUAGUGAUUUGGAUUUUUUCCUUUUUUUUUUUGGUGUACGCUGGAUUGCUGGAAGCUUAUCCCUCCCCAAACCCCUCACCGGGUGUCCUCGGCUUCUCGGUCGCGGGCUCCCCUCAGCGCGCCGCGGUUCCCGGCCGUCCGUCCUCCCUUCCCUGCUUGGCCACGACACCACCGUCGAAACUAUGGCCUCCUGCCCUCUAUUCCUAAUGACCCCGCGUCCCCCUCCCGCUCUCGUCGACGCCAGCCGCUUCCCACCCCUCGCGGGCAGCGCCGACCUCCCAACCAGCCGUCGCCCUCGCCCCGGACGGCGGCAUGGUCACCGUUGCGACUCGUCUUCCUCCUCCUCCGCGCCGCGCGACCGCCCGCCCAGGCCGCGGCAGCAGAGGCAGAGGUCGCAGCGCCCCGGCGGCCGAGGUGACGUCGUCGACCCCGUGGGCUUCCUAGCCAAGCUCGGCGUCUCGGACCGCGCCUUCGCCCAGUUCCUCCGCGACCGGCAUAAGGCUUUGAAGGACCGCAGAUGGGAGUUGUGCUCUCGAUUUAUUGAUCUGAAAGAGGCGUCCUCUGGGUUCGAAUUAUUGGGCAUGCACCGGCAUCGACAGCACCGCAUUGAUUUCAUGGAAUGGGCUCCAGGUGCUCGCUAUUGUUCAUUGGUUGGUGAUUUUAAUGAGUGGUCGCCAACUGAAAACUGUGCCAGAGAAGGUCAUUUAGGACAUGAUGAUUUUGGAUAUUGGUUUAUCAUACUUGAAGAUAAGCUCAGAGAUGGGCAAGAACCAGAUGAAUAUUUUUUCCAGGAAUACAAUUAUGUGGAUGAUUAUGACAAAGGUGACAAUGGUGUUGAUGCUGAAGAAAUAAUGCAUAGGAUGAAAGAAGAGUAUUGGGAACCUGGAGAAAUCAGGUCGCGCAAGUCUCAGUUAGAGAUGGUUGUUAAGCUAUAUGAACAAAUGUUUGGCCCAAAUGGUCCACAAACAGAGGAGGAGUUAGGUGAAAUUCCUGAUGCCCAAACAAGAUACAAUGAGUGGAAAUCCUUGCAGAAGGCUGACUCGUCAAGCUUGUCUCCUUCAUAUGAUAUCAUUGACAAUGGACAGCCGUUUGACAUUUUCAAUGUUGUAACGGAUCGAGCAUCAUUUGAAAAGUUUCAAGCGAAGAAACCUCCCCUUGCUUACUGGGUUGAAAUGAGGAAAGGUCGAAAAGCAUGGCUCGAGAAAUAUGUCCCAACUAUUUCUCAUAAAGACAAGUACAGGGUUUAUUUUAAUACUCCUGAUGGUGCUUUAGAACGUGUUCCUGCUUGGGCUACAUAUGUUCUUCCAGAUACUGAAGGAAAGCAAUCCUAUGCAGUACAUUGGGAACCUCCUCCUGAAGAAAUUUACAAAUGGAGAUUUGGACGUCCAAAGGUGAAGGGUUCACUUAGAAUAUAUGAAUCCCAUGUUGGCAUUAGUGGAUCGGAGCAAAAAGUUUCAUCAUUUCAGGAGUUCACAUCCAAAGUUCUUCCUCAUAUAAAAAAUUCUGGAUAUAAUGCUGUUCAACUGAUUGGCGUUGUGGAGCACAAGGAUUACUCCUCCGUUGGCUAUAAGGUCACUAAUUAUUUUGCAGUCAGCAGCAGAUUUGGCACCCCGGAUGACUUUAAGAAACUGGUCGACGAGGCACAUGGCCUUGGAUUAGUGGUGCUUCUGGAUAUUGUCCACUCCUAUGCAUCGGCAGAUGAACUGGUUGGCUUAUCGCUGUUUGAUGGCUCUAAUGACUGUUACUUCCACAGUGGAAAGAGAGGGCAUCACAAGUAUUGGGGCACCAGGAUGUUUAAAUAUGAUGAUGUGGAUGUUCUGCACUUCUUAUUGUCCAAUUUGAAUUGGUGGGUUACUGAAUACCGGAUUGACGGAUUCCAGUUUCAUUCAUUGUCUUCUAUGUUGUAUACUCAUAAUGGGUUUUCUACUUUUACCGGUGCCAUGGAAGAGUAUUGCAAUCAGUAUGUUGACAAGGAUGCACUGAUAUAUCUAAUUCUUGCAAACGAAAUGUUACAUGAUCUUCAUCCAGAUAUCAUAACAAUUGCCGAAGAUGCAACAUUUUAUCCUGGGUUGUGCGAGCUAACAACUCAAGGUGGAUUGGGAUUUGACUACUGUGUCAAUCUUUCUGUUCCAGAAAUGUGGUUGUGGCAUCUUGAAAAUGUUCCCGAGCAAGAAUGGAGCAUGAGUAAGAUUAUGAAAGUAUUAGUAAGCAGAAAUCAGAAUAUGCUCUCGUAUGUUGAGAAUCAUAACCAGUCCAUAUCAGGACGCAAGUCUUUCGCUGAAAUAAUUCUUAAUUCUGGAAAGUUCUCAAUUCGUUCUGUUGAUGAUGGUUUGAUGGAAGCUUCAUUGCUGAAAAUUAUCAAACUAAUUACUUUCACAACGAGCGGAGGUGCUUAUCUAAACUUCAUGGGCAAUGAAUUUGCACAUCCAAAAAGAGUUGAAUUUCCUAUGUCAAGCAAUGACUAUUCCUUCCGGUUAGCGAAUCGGCAAUGGGAACUAUUGGACAAGGGUUUUCACAAACAUUUCUUUGACUUUGACAAGGAUGUUAUGAGCUUGGAUGAAAAUGAAAGGAUAAUUUCCAAAGGUUCACCCAGUAUUCAUCACUGUGAUGACACGAGCAUGGUCAUAUGUUUCACAAGGGGGCCUUUUCUUUUCGUAUUUAAUUUCAAUCCUGAAGUCUCCCAUCAGUCAUAUCUUGUUGGUGUGGAUGAAGCCGGGGAAUAUCAACUCAUCUUGAACACGGAUGAAACUAAAUAUGGUGGACGGGGAGAGCUCAAGAGUAGUCAGUAUGUGAGGAGGACCUGUGACAAAAGGGUUGAUGGUUGCCGCAACUCCUUGGAAUUGUCAUUACCACUUAGAAGUGCUCAGGUUUACAAGUUAGUUCGAAUUCUGAGGAUUUAGCGCAUCAAUAAUAAGUAUUGUAAUGGAACAUGGAACCAAGUAAAAGAUGGGGCUUUGAAGUCAAUAUAUGAACCUUUGGAAUUUUUAGCGAUAAGAUGUCAAAAUGGAGAUUGUAGCCACCUUACUGGUAUAGCUUUGGGAAUUCUGUUGAUAUUGAGGAUGCUUCAGUUUUGGCCCUUGGUUCAGUGCAUAUUCUCUGAAAUUUGUACAUGCUGAGACUGCUGAAUGCUGAGGCUCAUUAGCUUCGAACUGACUUCGAGGAAUUUAGCAAGCGUUCACGAAAGAGAAUUGCUAAAAGUAGAAAUUGUAGAGACAAGAUAAUAGUGAAUUGGCCAUUUCUUAUUAAUAUCAUUGUCUUACCUUAUAUCUCACCACCUCAUUUCACAUUUGCAGAAAUGUAUGAUUUUAUAACACUUUUACAUACAGUAAAUUAGUUUGGCAAGUUGUUUGCAGCAUUCUGCAAAUCAA